AUGUCUGAUGAAUUGAAAUCGCAGUCUUCUCAAGCAUCGGUUCCUGAUCAACAGCAGCAACAGCAGCAAUCUGGAACUGGCUUUGAACAGACUCCGCCACCACAACAUCAGCAGCAACAUCACCAAUCACAUCCAUAUCAUUACCAUGGUGGGAAUAAUAACUAUUCACAACGAGGUGGUAGAAAUGGACAUCACAACAAUAAUAGACAAGGCCAGCAAAGAGGUGGAAGAUAUGGAUCCAGUAAAUAUAAUUCUUAUUCCAACAAUUCAGGUCAAUACAACAGAUACAAUAAUGGUGUAGGAAAUGGCAAUAGAAACUAUAACGGUGGUUAUAAAUCUCACAGAGGUUCCAUGAAUCCUUCUGCUGCCGCUACAGCAAUGAAUAUGCAAUGGCCAGGUUAUUACAACAGUCCUCCAAUCUAUUACGUUCCACCACAAUUAGUACCUACAGCUGAUGCUGCCGCUGCCGCUGCUGCUGGUUCUAGUCCAGCUCCUGGUGGCCCUUCAACAGAUGUAUCUUCUUCAAGUUCACCCACUUCUUCAGUCUCUGGUGCUUCUACACCUCAACCUAAGAAGAUAGAAAUUACAACUAAGACUGGUCAACAUUUGGAUUUGAGUGCCCUUCACAAUCAACAAUCAGGUAUUACAACACCACCAAACAAUAGUAGUAACAACACUGCUGCCAGUAAUAGUAAUGAUAAUGAUAAUGAUGCCAGUAAUAAUAAGGGAGAGCCAUCUAAUUCAUCAGAUAGCACGCCACAACCGGCUGGGAAGAAAGAUGAAAAUCCAUCCCAAGAGAAAGAUGCUAGUAAAGAAGACGCAGAGAAGACUAAAAGAGAAUUUUUAGAACAGAUUAAACUUCGUAAACAAGCUAUGGAGAGGAAGAAGCAGGAAGAGGCUUUGAAGAAACAAGAAGAAGCUUUGAAGAAACAAGAAGAAGAGAAUAGGGCUAAACAGCCUGCUCCCGCACCCGCUCCUGCUCCUGCUCCUGCUCCUCAAGUGUCUUCUGAGGACAAGCCCGCAAAGGAAACUUCUAAGGAGGCAGAGGAACCACCUAAAGAUACCGCGACUUCCGCUUCCUCUGCUGCACCUGUACCUGCACCUGCACCUUCAUCUCCUGUUACUCCUGCUUCGUCCACUGAUAAUGGAUCCGAUGCUGCUGCAGCCACUGUUCCUAGCUCCAGUGAACAAGAACAACAGCAACAACAAGAAGUACCAGCUCAACAACCUAAAAGUGGUACAUAUGCUGCAAAACUUGCUGUGAUAAAACAACAAAAGGCACAGGAGGCCGCUGCUAAAGCUGAGAGUGAGAAACCGGAACAACCAGUGGAACAACCAGCUGAACAAGUGCAAAAGACUGAAGAACAACCACAACAAAAAGCUGAGGAAACUCAGGAAGAGCAGACUCAAGAGGCACCAGCACCUGAAGAGCAAGAAACUACACAGCCGUCCGUUAAUCCUCCAGCUGGUGCUGCCCCAGAGCCAUCAUCUGAAAACCUUGCUGGUGAAGAUGUUAACUCAGCGCCAGCCGGUAGCGCUGCUGCAGAAGAGGCCACACCAUCUACUGCUGGUACGGCUGCUCCUGAUGCUGCUGAAAAUGAAGAGAGUGGUGCUGACGAUUCUACUGUGGGUACCAUGUCACAGUUAUUGGAAAGGCUAAAAACUGCCGAUCCUAUCGAGGACGUUUACUCUUUUGAAUAUCCUGAAAAUGUGGAGCGUCCAGAUCCUAAAUACAAGAGUAUCAAGAGAAAAUACACCUAUGGCCCUACUUUCCUACUCCAAUUUAAGGAUAAGGUCAGAGCUAAGCCUGAUGAAGAAUGGGUGCAACAAUCAAUUUCUAAGAUUGUCAUAACACCUGCCAUGAUGAAAUUGGGUAAACCAAGAGAUGCUGGUGGCUUCGGAGGUGGACCCGGUGGUCGUGGUGGUGAUUUCAGAAAGAGUGCUUCUUUGAGAAACAUGGAAGGCAGAUCUAACUCCAGAAGUUCAUCUAAGAAGAAGUCUAAGAGAAUGAUGGAUGACAGAAAGUCUAACAGACCUUACACUUCUAGAAGAGACAGAGAAAGGACUUCUGAAAGGGAAGCCGAGGAACAAAGAAAGGAAGAUGAGAAAGCAAAGGAAGAAGUUAAACCAUUGAUUCCUAGUGCUAAUAGAUGGGUUCCAAAGUCUAAAUUGAAGAAAGCCGCUGAAAAGAAAUUGGCACCUGAUGGAGUUACUGAACUACUUGAAAAGGAAGAUGCUGAAAGAAAGAUGAAGUCAUUAUUGAACAAAUUGACAUUAGAAAUGUUUGACCAAAUUUCAUCUCAAAUUUUACAAAUUGCCGAUCAAUCUAAGUGGGAAAAGCAAGGUGAAACUCUGAAGGUUGUCAUUGAACAGGUUUUCCAUAAGGCAUGUGAUGAACCUCACUGGUCAUCUAUGUAUGCACAAUUGUGUGGUAAGGUUGUUAAGGAAUUGAAUCCAGAGAUUGCAGAUGAAACUAAUGAAGGUAAGACAGGUCCAAAAUUGGUCUUACACUAUUUGGUUGCAAGAUGUCAUGAAGAAUUCGAGAAAGGUUGGACUGAUAAAUUACCUACGAAGGAAGACGGUUCACCUUUAGAACCUGAAAUGAUGUCUGACGAAUAUUACAAAUUGGCCGCUGCCAAGAGAAGAGGUCUUGGUUUGGUGCGUUUCAUUGGUUUCUUGUACCGUUUGAACUUAUUGACAGGUAAGAUGAUGUUUGAAUGUUUCCGUAGACUAAUGAAGGAUCUAAACAAUGCACCAAGUGAGGAAACUUUAGAAUCUGUGGUAGAAUUGUUGAACACUGUGGGUGAACAAUUCGAAACUGACAGUUUCAGUGCUGGUCAAGCUACAUUGGAAGGUUCUGCUCUACUGGAUAGCUUGUUUGCUACCUUGCAAGAUAUCAUUGAUGAGUCUAAGAUUUCUAGUAGAAUGAAGUUCAAAUUGAUUGAUAUCAGAGAAUUGAGAGAAGAUAAGAAUUGGGACAGCAACAAGAAGCAGGAUGGUCCAAAGACUAUUCAACAGAUCCACGAAGAAGAGAAGGAACGUCUAAUGAAGAAUAACAACUCAAGAUCUAAUUCUAGACGUGUGAACAACUCUAUGGGUGGUAGAUCUUCCUCAAGAAGGGAGAAUCCAUCUAUGUCAAAGGAUAGUUUCAUUUCUACUAGAUCCGCAUCUUUGAGACAUCCACAAAAAUCCUCUCAAAAGGAAGAACCACGCAAACCUGAAAAAUCCGCAACUAACAUGUUCAGUGCCCUGAUGGAUUCCAAUGAGGACGAAGAAUAA